GCUCCGGAGCCGCUGGAAGGGGUGUGAGAGCGAGAAGGCGCUUCUUAAAGGGCGAGGACGCCUUAACUUGCUCAGGACGCCGGCCUUCCUUGCGCGGCUCAGGGCAUUCUCAAAGCUUUCCUCCAGCACCAUGCAAGGUUUCUUCACUGCCUUCACACCCAUGCACAGUGAUCACGAAUGUGGAUGAUCUUAGCCAUGCUCACAAGCCAAACAUCUGUGCGCUCCUAGUUCCGUCACUGCUGCCCUUCCUCAGUCUGCUAAACUGCAGUCCCAGUUUGAUUUGAUGAUAAAGCCAAGAGGAUGUGGUUUCUUCUGUCAUGAGCAUCCUAGCCAAAGCCUAAUUUUCCAAGAGUGUGAAGACUGAUGAAUUUGGCAACUGUGUAUGCAGAAGGCUUGAAAAAUACACGAAACAUCAUGACAACUGAAAAGAGUUUAGUGGCAGAGGCUGAGACACCUAAGCAGCAGCCGCCAAAAGAGGAGGAAGUAGCUACUGAAGCAGGUACCCAGGAAGCUUCUUUGGAGAGGGCACCUGAAGGGGAUACUCAAUCAAAGAAGAAGUCAAGAACAUCUAAUGGUGACACGCCUACACGAGAGGACCAGAGCAAGAACAAAGAGCGCACUUCUGAAAGUCGGGGUUUAUCACGCUUGUUUUCAUCAUUCCUCAAGAGGCCCAAAUCUCAGGUUUCUGAGGAAGAGGGCAACGAGACAGAAACAAGGGAAUUUGGUGAAGGAGGCCAGAAAGAGACAGAUAUAGGAGUUGAUCUUAAUGAAGAGAUUCUGCUGAAAGCCCCCAUAGCAGCUCCUGAACCUGAGCUCAGGACUGACCCAUCUUUAGACCUUCAUUCCUUAAGCAGUGCAGAAACACAGCCUGCUCAGGAAGAUAGGAGAGAAGAUCAAGAUCCAGAGAACAGAGAUACUGAAAUUAAGGAAGGAGAGCAGGUCGAGUGCUCCAAUACAGAUGAAAAAAAAGAGGGCACUAAGGUGAAAGCAGACAAGGAAUUAAAAGGUGCUCAGAAAACAUUAAGAAGAUCCAGAAACAGCAUGCACUGCAAGAUUACUUUGCUGGAUGACACAAUUUUUGAGUGUUCUGUGGAUAAACAUGCAAAAGGACAGGAUCUUCUUAAGAAAGUAUGUGAUCAUCUCAACCUUUUGGAAGAAGACUAUUUUGGACUGGCCAUUUGGGAUACCUCAACCUCCAAGACAUGGUUGGAUGCUGCCAAAGAGGUUAAAAAACAGGUUCAUGGAAGCCCAUGGAAUUUCACCUUCAGUGUCAAAUUUUACCCUCCAGAUCCAGCACAAUUGACAGAGGAUAUAACAAGAUAUUAUUUAUGUCUCCAGCUGAGAAAAGACAUUAUCACUGGACGGCUUCCUUGUUCCUUUGCUACAUUAGCUCUGCUGGGUUCUUACACAGUACAGUCUGAGCUAGGAGACCAUGACCCAGAUCUGCAUAGUGCAGAUUAUGUCACGGAAUUCAAACUGGCCCCAAACCAAACGAAAGAACUAGAAGAUAAGGUCAUGGAACUACACAAAACAUAUAGAUCUAUGACUCCGGCUCAAGCUGAUCUGGAAUUUCUUGAAAAUGCCAAAAAGCUGUCUAUGUAUGGAGUUGAUCUACAUCAAGCCAAGGAUUUGGAAGGUGUGGAUAUCACUUUGGGAGUCUGUUCCAGUGGCCUUCUUGUCUAUAAAGAUAAAUUGAGAAUCAAUCGUUUCCCUUGGCCCAAAGUGUUGAAGAUUUCUUACAAGCGCAGCAGCUUUUUUAUUAAGAUUCGUCCUGGUGAGCAUGAACAAUAUGAAAGUACAAUUGGAUUCAAACUUCCUAGCUAUCGGGCAGCUAAGAAACUGUGGAAAGUCUGUGUGGAACAUCACACAUUUUUCAGGCUGACAUCCACUGAAGCAAUUCCCAAAAGCAGAUUCCUGGUACUUGGCUCUAAGUUUCGCUACAGUGGUCGGACACAGGCACAGACAAGGCAAGCUAGUGCCCUGAUCGACAGACCUGCCCCGCAGUUUGAACGAACAGCAAGUAAGAGGGCCUCUAGAAGCCUUGAUGGUGCAAAACGUGGCUCUCAAAAAAUUGAGUUCAGACCCGUAGAGGAGGAGAAGCAUGAGGAUGUUGUGUUGGUUGGGGUUCCGGAAUCAGAACCUGUGGAACAGUUUCAGGAGAAGCCAGCAAAAGAUACCCUUGAGAAUACUGAAAAAGAAAUAGUGACUGAGGCAGAGCUGAACUUGGAAGUGUUCAGAGUUCCAGAUCCAGAAACAAAAUUAGUGGAACAAUUAGAAAAACAGCCAGCCAUACGUGUUCUUGAAACAUUUGACAUAAACUCAAUAAAAGAAGAGGAGAAAGAAGAAAGAACAGUUGUGGUGCAGGAUCUAGAACGAAAGCCUCUAUUUCUUGAAACAGUUCAGGAGGAAUCAGCAGUAGCAGUGGUUACACCAGACCGAAGUCCUCGCCCUACAUCAGCACCAGCUAUUGCUCAAAGCCAUGCAACUGAAUCUGCACCCACAGCUGUAUCUGAUAGAAAGGAAACAACCAUCACUAAAUCUGAAAAGGAAACAGUGAGAAAAGAAGUAAAACAUGAAGAAACUCUACCAGAGAAGGCAAAAACAGAGCCAUGUGAAGGAUUCCAGGUGGGGAAAGUGCAUAUCGAAGUGUCAGUACCCACCACAAAUGGUGACCAAAAUCAGCAGCGUGCAGAAAAAGAGGAAGACCCGAUAAGAAUGAGGAAGAAAAGAUCAAAGAGACUAGAUGGUGAAAACAUUUAUAUAAGACAUAGCAAUUUAAUGUUGGAGGAUCUGGAUAAAGCUCAAGAGGAGAUUAAAAAACAUCAUGCUAACAUCAGUGAACUGAAGAAAAACUUUAUGGAAUCUGUUCCGGAACCACGGCCGAGUGAAUGGGACAAGCGUCUCUCUACUCAUUCUCCCUUCAGGACUCUUAACAUCAAUGGACAGAUCCCCACAGGAGUAGAAGGAAGUGUGUGCAACUCUCCCUUCAAAGAGGAUACAGAUGCAGUGGCAGAGGGGAAAAAUAUUGCCUCUCACUUUGAAUGGGAGGUCUCAAAGCACUCAGUAGGCUGUAGUGAGAGCCAUAUGUCAGCCACGCAGGAAUCAGCACAAACUCAUAAAUGUGACACUUCUUCUAUAAGCAGCCAGGAGGAGGAGGAGGAGGGUGCUGCUGCUCUUGUUAAGAAUGAGGAAGACCUAAGGUGUGAAAAGGGAUUUUACUCAGAUGUGGAGAAGGAGAACAAGGAUUCAAAGCAGGUUGAGGUGGAAAUGUCUGUAACCCCCGUUUUACCUCCACUGAACCUCCAUGAGCAAGAGGAGGAAGCCUGUGAUGUUGAAGAAAAAAUAACAAGCAAGGCAGUUAGGAAGCUAAAUGGAGGAUGUCACAACUCAAAUGUUGAUAAUGAAUUUCCUGCCCUCAUUCGCUGUUUCCAGCCACCACUUGUGAAGACUCAGACCGUUACCAUCUCUGAUGUCUCCAACACUCUGAAAAGUGAAAUUCCAACUAAGGAAGUUCCUAUUGUCCACACAGAGACAAAGACUAUAACUUAUGAAGCUGCACAGACUGAUGAUGGCAGUGGAGAUUUAGACCCUGGAGUUCUGCUAACUGCUCAGACCAUCACUUCAGAGACCAGCAGCAGCACCACCACUACGCAGAUUACAAAGACUGUGAAAGGUGGAAUUUCAGAAACACGAAUUGAAAAAAGAAUUGUAAUCACUGGUGAUGCAGAUAUUGAUCAUGAUCAAGUUCUUGUUCAGGCCAUCAAAGAAGCUAAGGAGCAGCACCCGGACAUGUCUGUGACCAAGGUGGUCGUCCAUCAGGAGACAGAGAUUGCAAAAUAAGUGGCAAGGCCAGCUAUAUAGGAUGUGUAUCAGGCAAUGUCUGCUUCAGUCUGCAAAGGCCACUGAAGAUAUACCAGCAAAAUUACAAGGAAACUACCUUGGAGCACCAUGACCUCAAAUUUGCCAGAUUUACUUUCAAGCAAAUGUUGUAUCAUUUCUUACUAGGAAACUGCUUUUUGAUGUUUACUUGGGGUUCUCUUUAAUACAGUGAAUCCUUUUUUGAUUAUCAUUUUUAUAUUGUGACUGACAAUAUGCCAUACUUUUCACAGUACAAAAGUAUUUUUUUUACAGGUUUUCAUUUUUCUUUUUCUUUUUUGCAUUCCCUUUCUCACCACCUUUUUUCACAUUCUGGAUCUGUAUCGUGAUUUCAAAGCCCCACACAAAAAUAACAUGUAGGGCUUACCAAAAGUGGUUGCCUUUCACUGAGUUGCCCUUCAUGUUCCUCUUUCUCAAGCGGCUUGCUUUUUCACAUACCCUUGAACAUGCUGCUGUGUGGUCGUGUCAAUUACCUAAAAGUAGCCCAUCUUACCAGAAAGUUCAGAAAAAUCACUUUGUUUAAUGUUCUGAUAUGCCUCUUACGACCGAUCUGAAAUAGAACUACAGUUCCCAGCCACCACUCUUUUAGAUAUACCAGGUGCAGGUGUGUCUGCCCUCUUUGCCUCCGAAUUCCCUGGCUUUUGUGGAUUUGUCAGCCAGUAGAUGCUUGAACAUAGAAAGAGGUUGUGGUAUUUGCACAGGUGUUUCAGUAGUUGUCCAGGAAUAAUGGAAGUUGCUUUAUCUUUGAUACUGUGAAUUCUAGUGCUUUUAGAUGAACUGUGACAAGGCACCUUGGCUUCCUCCAUUCUUUCUGUUUUCUCUUUUGUUCUCAUUGGAAAACUGGAUCUCUUUUCUGCGAUUUUAUUUGUUUUCCAUUAAAUUAAGCCUAUUAGAACUGUGUGUUUAAGAGGCAAGAACCCUGAAUGCUAGGAAGUAGGCUGUAAUUUGCAAUAGUUUUUUCAACUUUCCAGUUGUUUGUGUUCAGCUUUUGUUUUGUAUUUGUUAAGAUAGUUUUAAAAUCAUACUGGUUUUUAAAGCACUGUUUAAACUUGGCACAUGGGCAACAUAUCAAAGUAAGAGUUACAUGAAAUUGUUUCCACUGAUUCUUGCUAAAAACUAGGCCGUUUUGAGAGUGACUGUACUUGUUUCCAUCAUGUAUUGCUCCUUGCAAGAGACGAUGGCAGAUUGUUGUUGCUGGACACAGUCCACAGAGAGAACAUUGCUGUUGUGUCUCCUCCCUUCAUUUCAAUGGGGUCCUAUAAAAUUCCUUAUAUAAUCCCAUCCAAAUGAAUGGAGGAUGUAGAGCAGCUGUGAAUGGCGACCCUCACGCUGCUUUGCUGCUGUACUAGAAUGAAAGGACAGGGCAUAGAUUGGCUGCAGUUUUCAGCACCUUACAAAGGUAUCAUCACUGGAGAAAGUUGUAUGCCUGUGUGUGUGUGUGUGUGUGUGUGUGUAUAAUUGUAAUUGGACAAAAGCAGGAAUAGAUGCUGGGAGAUUAAAAAAAAGAUUCCCCAUAUCACUUAUUCUGUUUUUAAAUUGCACAUUCAAACAAAUCACAUAAACAUCAUUGGUAGGAAAUACUCAAGUUUCACUUUCUGAACAUAUUUUUGCCUCUUGUGUUAUGAAUUAUGGAAUACCAAAUUUGGGUGCAGUGUGCUCUUCACUAAUAUGAUACGCUUCCUUUAAGCAUUAUUUAGUCAGAUGGUUUUGUUGGCAACACUGAAAACUGCAGACCUGAUCUUUUCUUCCAGCAGCAUGUGAGCAUUCUGUGAAAAUGUAUACCUGUAGAGUUCUGAACAAUGUUACUGCUAUGAAAGGUGUAAGAUUGUAUUGAAUAUGCCACAUAAAUAGCAGUGAUGGGUGGGGGGUUUGAUUCUAGCAUAUGAGAAACUGAAAGGAAUGUUUCGUGCUUAUUUAAGUUAAAGGACAACAAAUAUACACAUUGAUGAUUUGAGUUCAGUAAAAGUAAGUUCUGGCUCACUGUUUAGAACUUUUCUUUUAAGCUCCUGGGUCAUGCUGUAGGUUUCUUCCUCAGUUCAAGUUCAUUUUAAUUAGAAAAUCAGUACAAGCUUCCUUAGAACUUGAAAGAGUUAUAGGAGUGCAAGCCCUGCUUGAUCAGCUUUGCUGUAAUGUGUAAUAGGGCACUGCUAACCACCCUGACCUUCUGGUGACUGACAUCCAGUGCCAGGAGUAAAGCCCAGCUGGAAACAGUAGGACUCAUUUCCAAGUGAGCAGUGAAGAAUUGGGCUAUAAUACUUAUUCGGGAGAAUUAUAUAUCCUCCUGUAUUCUACAAAUGAACGUUUAAAAAUAAAUAAAAUUAGUCCAUAGCACUUAACAUAUGUAUUUAUUGUGGAAGAUUGCUUUGGGUGUGUCACUUUCUCAAAUGACAAAUCUUAGUACCUCUACGGCUUUUUAGCCUCUGAUAUUAAAAGUUUUAAACAGCUGCCUUGAAAAAAAUAUUCUAAAGAAGGUAAUCAAACCUCAGUGUAAGUGCAGCCCUAUUUUUAAAAAUUUAUUAAUGGAACUAUUGCUUUCCAAUAUGUUUUUUAAGAAUAUGUCUUGUCCUUCCACCAGCUGUUACUCAAUAUGAGGUAUACCUUUUCAUGUACUAUGUCUAGCUAGCUGGUAUUGUCCUGGUCUGUUUAACAAUCCACCUUGACACAUUUUUGCAUGAAAGGUAAAUCCUUUGUUAAACAGACGCUUGACUUGACAUAAUGAGGGGCAUGCAUCUCAGACUGACCUUUUCCUUGGCCUUUGUUGCUACAGUUCCUCUUCCGUUCUUCUUUGUGGUCUCUGUGCAUCACCCGUAAGGGCUCUGUGCCUGCAGGAAACCUGUUGUUGGGAAGGUGUAAUAGCUGGGAGCAUUUUGGUGGGAGUGGCUCCCACCAUUCCCUCAGUUUUCAUCAACCAUCUUCCCUUGGGAUUUCUCACUUUCUCUCAGUCUUUCUCUCUCUCUUGUUCUUAUCUCAGAGUGUUUUCAUCUUUUUUCUAAUAUUUUGAGUGUCUUUCUUGGUCCCUUCGUUUCCAAAUCUUUGCUAAUUUUCUCUCCUGAUCUCCCUUCAUUUAACUGCUCCCCUGAAGGGAAUCCUCUUUGUCCACCCUAUGUAUCUUCUCCUUGACUUCCAAUAUUUUCUUGCCUGUCUGCCCUCUUUUUCCAAUGGCAUGGAAGGCUCCCUUUUGUAAACGCACCAGUGGUGAUGCCAGGCUGCCCCCAUCUGACAGACAGUCUUUGUGCCUGUUGUGCUUGGGAGAAUGGCAUGUGCCCACAUUGCCAGGCAUUCUUUAAAGAGAAACGGAAGCGAAGGGUCUGCCAUCUCUACAUGAAGAACUGGAAUAAGACCCUUCACACAAUAGAAGCUUUGGCCAUGAUGAACAGUAUCACGGUGGUGUUCUGCAUCAACAAGCAGAGUGGUACCAGGUCAAUUCCAUUAACAUGGCUUGCUGUUUGCAUCUGGGACUGGUGCAUCAACUGAUGCAUCAUCUUGACAGCCAUAUCACCAGGACUGACAGCAGCAGUCUGGGAGAUAUAUUCCUGCUGUGCGGGAUGGGGACCUUGUUCUCCCCCGCACCCCUGCCAUUUCCUCUGAGAAAGCGAGUACUGGGGAAGAUUCAGCAGGAUGUUGUGGACUGUAUCAUGAUCAGCCCCUGGUGGCCAAGGCAGCCUUGGUUCACCCAAAUCCACACCUUACUGUAUGUUUUAGCUUCUUUUGCACGUGCCCCAAAUUGUAUACAUAGCUGCUUAUGUAAUUUUUUAAAGUGGUUGCUAUGUAUUUACACAAUGUAAUGUCAAAAAUCCUACAAAAUCUUCAGGGAAGGAAGCAAGUAUGAGUAGACAACUUGAGAAACAAUCCUGGAACAUGGAAGGACAAAUAAGCAACUUGCAGUGAAGCAAACAUAUAAACAGGACAAGAUAUAAUUCGUGAAUAGCUGAGUCACUCUAGCUUUUUGCCUAUUUCUUGGUUUUUAUAGCGUUUAUCCAUCACAAACCAUCUUGGGAAAAGUUUUGUGUGUAUAAUAUUAACAGACUUAAACAGAAGAAAGGCCUUCCUAGCUAGCUUGGGCAUUGUAUGGCAUCGUAGGCAUUUCUUAUGUCUAAACUUGCAUAAGGGUGUGCCCUUAAGUAAUAAUACUUGAUCCUGACUUUGCGUAAUCAAAACUGAGCUUUUCAAGUCAAACAGAGGAUUCCUGCCUUCCUUUAAGUUUAUUCAGGAUUGUGUGUACUUUGUGGAAGACAAUGCAAAACAUAUGCCUCCAGGUAAACCAAUUCUGUGGCAAGAAAAUGCCGAACUAUGUAAAUGAUUUACUAUCUGAGUCAUGCAAAUCGAUGUGGUUUACACAACAUUUGUGUCAGUUAUUUUGCCAUUUCCCCAUCAUUCUGCUUGUGAUAAUGGUAGUAAGAACCACAAAUCAUUUCACAAAGUAUUAUAUCCCCCUCCAUUGACUAGAAAUUUAAUUCAAGAAUGUUCCAGCCAUCUAUGUGCUGCCAAACAGUGCCCAAACACUUCACAGCUUAAUUUUGUGGCAGCAAGUUCUAGACACUGGCUGAGCCAUGCUGGGGAUUUUCUGUCUAAAUUUCCAAAGGAUUGUGCCUAAAAUUUGACUUUUGUAGGAACCUCGAUUCUGUGGCCAGCGCUGUGUUUUGUGAUUAUUUUUUUUGUGAAAAAUUAAAAUGUUUGCUUGCCGCUUGGGCUCAUAGUCACUGGCCUGGUUACUGGUGGCAGGAAGGAUCACCUUCUCACAACCAGCUGUUGGGCCAGCGUUGCUUUUCAUUAUCUUUCAGGCAGCUUAUACGCCACAAGUGACUAACACGUACCCAUGGGCACACCCCCCAAAUCAAUUUCCUUUUUAGAAUGUACUUGCCAAGCUGACUUAGCUUACCACAGGUGCUGUGAUCACCACUUAGUUCUAAGAUACCCAAGGCUCUAUCUUCCUGAACAGUCUGAGUCAGCAGGGAACUGUCACUUGUGAAGGAGGAAUGUCAGCAGGCUGCUUGCACUCCCAAACCUGCCACCAUCACUUGGACAGUGUAGAAUAAACUUGGCUUUUUGCCUUCUCAACAUUAUUGGGAGCCAUUGCUGCCAUCACCAAUGCGAUCAAUGAAAUAGGGUGUAUUUAUAAUACUGAGAUGGCAACAUGCUCCCAAUUGCUUCCUCUCUGAUGUAUGAGAUUAUCCAGAAACUGUUGUAACUGUAUAGUAAACGGAAGCUAUGUAUGUAUGAAUGUGUGUACAGAAGGAAGGGCAGCAGCAUGGGAGAAUCCAUACUAACCAGACUGGAAGAUUAAAAAAAUUACAGCUUCACUUGCCAACAAUUAAAAUAAUGAAUAAACAUUGGGGGUGUUUAGGUGGGAUCAAAAACUCUGGUUUAACAUUUUCAUAAAACAUCUAUGUUUUAAUUAUGGGUUUUUGUUUUCUUAAACAUUGAAUCACAAAUUAUUUCAUUGCUGAUAUGAAGGAGCUUUGUAAAUUUUUUAAGACUGGUGAAUUGUAUAGAAUAGUGAAUGCUUCUUUUAAAAAAUAGGAACAGAGUAAAAAAGUAAAUCUUUAUAGCUUAUGUAGCUAUUAUUUUGAAUUUUUGUAGUCAAAGAGAAGGUAGAUGUAGCAUUUAGACAUAAGUGUUCAAUCUUGCUACUUGUAUUGCAUUUUCCAAUAAAUUUUCAAGUAAAAGA